UCGCUCUGACCUACUUAUGCAUGCCGAAGCCGGAGAGCUCUGGGAUUGCCGCUUUCCUGUGGAUGAGAGCGCGAGGGAGCCGGCGCCAGCGCUGCGGCUUUCGGCAGAGGCGCGCGGGUCUGGAAAGGUGCAGCGUCCCGACGUUCCACAGUAGAACCGUUCUCAACACGCCCACGUUCCAAAGUCGAACGCGUCGCCCGGAAGCUAGUUGCGACACGCCGAAGCCAGGGCUCUGGGAAAAAGCUGGGACACCGAGAACGAAGCCACCACCGCUGCAAGCAGUGCGCUCGCCUUGGAUUGUUUACGGUAUAUCGCUGUGGCGGGAGUAGAUUACGACUUAUGGCGACCCUAUGAAUCAGUGACCUCCAAGAGCAUCUGUCAUGAACCACCCUGUUCAGAUCUUGUAAGUUCAGGGUUUUAUUUUCUUGGCUUGUAAAAUUUCAUGGAUCAAAGUUAACAUUUCCUGUGGCUUCUUCAGGACGAUACUCUACGCAAUUCCUGAUCCAACAUUAAUUCUGCUCCAUGGUACACAGAAGACAGAUGAAUAUGCCCAGCAGCCACCUCCUUGUGUACUAUUGGACUGCCAUAUGCCUUUCCAUCUUCCUAGCAGCUUUGACAGUUGCUGAAGAUGUCACGAACAGCACUUUAAACCACACUAAUAUGCUCUUAGGAUCUGUGCCUGUGGUCAUCUCCAGAAUCAAUCACAUUAUAGUCAAAGAAGGUUAUAGUGCCUUGAUUGACUGCAAUGUCAAAGGUCAUCCUAGGCCAGAGUACAAGUGGUACAACUCCAAUGGCCAUUUGCUGAAGGAAGAUGGGGACAGAGCAGGAAAAUGGAUUCUUGACAAUGGGCAACUGAAUAUUACUAGCGUGUCAUUUGUGGAUCGAGGAAAGUACACGUGUGUUGCUUCUAACAUCUAUGGCCGGGUGAAUAAUACAGUGACUCUGAGGGUUAUCUUUAUGUCUGGAGAUAUGGGAAUCUACUAUAUGAUUGUAUGCCUUGUAGCAUUUACCAUUGUUUUGAUCUUAAACAUUACCAGGCUGUGCAUGAUGAGCAGCCACCUGAAGAAGACUGAGAAAGCCAUCAAUGAAUUCUUUCGGACAGAAGGGGCAGAAAAGCUGCAGAAAGCUUUUGAGAUAGCUAAGCGCAUCCCAAUCAUCACAUCGGCAAAGACUCUUGAGCUUGCCAAAGUAACACAGUUCAAGACAAUGGAGUUUGCCCGCUACAUUGAAGAGCUCGCUAGGAGUGUUCCUCUGCCCCCUCUCAUCAUGAACUGCAGGACUAUCAUGGAAGAAAUCAUGGAGGUGGUGGGACUGGAGGAGCAGGGCCAGAACUUUGUAAGGCAAUCAGCUGAAGGACAGGAGACCACUGACACAGAAGAGAUGUAUGUGAUUCCCAACCCCCUAAAGCGUAGCGACUCCCUCACUGCUGACUCUGAUGCCUCCUCUUUGCACGAACCUCCGCUAAAGAUUGCAAUAAAAGUGUCUGUUCAUCAGUUAACUAAAAAGGACUGUGUCGAUGACCAGUCGCAAGACAGCAUACAAUUAGAAAUUAAAGAAGAGACGGAAGAGGAAGAGAUUGUUCAAGCACCAGCACCACCUACUGACCUAGUCUUGGAACCUUCAGCUGAACGAAACCCUCCUGAGACAACUCUGGGAAGCAUCACAGACACAUGUACUGUUCAUGAAAGCCAUGUAUGAUAGUUUCUCUGCAAAUCUAUGCAUAGUAAGAAUCUUAAGGUGGAGUAUUCCUUAUAAACAAAAAGAUAAUGUUUUUGCCAAUAAGCCUUACUUAAAGACUAUCAUAGUGAAAGCGUGCAUGUAUGGAUUACUUGGCAUUUUCUUCCUAAGGGUCAAACUAGACAUUACCUUUUUAUAGCAUGAUUGGCAACCACAUUUGGUUAAAAAAAAAGUCACAGGACUCCCCAGCCACAACCCCAGUGAAACUCCUGCACAUGCAACAAUUUGCAUUGGGGGGGGGGAGUUCCCAUUCUUGAAAAAACAGGUCCCACUGCACAUCUGACCGGGCAGGGGCUGAUGUCCUUGAUGAUCACACUAUUAAAGUCUAACUUGACAGUUAGUUUAGUUAGGAGGUUUGUGACAGAACAAUUGCUAUUACACUAAUAUUAAUUGCUGUUUUUGGUUCAGGAUAAUCUUUUUAAAAAUUCACAAAAUAUUUACCUCAGAGAAUUGUUUAGGUCAGUCUGGCUUGCAGUGAGUACCUGGAAAUCGUCUGUAGUGCUUAGAAAUGGGACUUAUGUUUGAGUCCCCAAAGAGUCUUGACUUCAGAGGAAGGCUGCUGAAAUCAAUGGAACUAUUGUUCAGUUCUGUGGUUGAAAGAUUUCUCAGUUUAUGUAAUGCAGCAAAGAAACUCCCCACCCCCCAUUCUGCUCUGUCACUUGCUCCCUUGUGUAUUCUCGUGACUCUGCUCCCAUGAUUUUGAAUUACUGUUCAAGGGGGAGCAUUUCCUUAGCCAGAUGAAGAUCUUUGUGGGAUACCAUUUACUAGCUCCCUUUCCUACGUUCUGGUAGAGGGCUGUAAGAAGGUCAAAUGAAUGUAUUUCAUUUGAAGCUGGACAAUUUGUAUUUAGAGCAUGUGGAGGCGGGGAGGACAGGGAGGGAAAUGUCCUCCUGCGUUUUCUCAUUGGAAGAAAGAGCCCAAUAAAUGUUGCCUCACAGAAAGGAUACACUGAGCUACUUGUUUCUGUUGGAAGAGGGCUAUUAGUCUCCAGCUGGAAAGCUGUAUACAAACAAUACAUUCAGGCUGGAGCCCAGUUACCCACUUCCCCAGCUAUGAUGGCCACAUGCAAAGAAAAACAGGGCUCUGGAAGAGGGUAGUUCUACAGGUGAAGCUUCUCUAGUCUCUUUAUGACAAACUGCACUGACCCACAUCUGCUUCUGGAUGGCAGCCCUGUCCUCCUUGGCAUCACCCUAACCCAAACUAGUGCCCUCCAGAUGUUGUUGGACUACACCUAUUGUCAGCCCAAGGCUAGCCAAUGAUCAGGGACAAUUGGAGUUGUAGUCCAACAACAUCAGGAAGACCUGAUGCACAAUACCUAUGCACAAUACCAUUUAAUUUUAAUGCAGGUCAUGGUGUAGUCUGUUACUAGUAUGGGAACAGCACUUGCAGAUCUGUAAUUUGGAGGGGAAUUCAAUUAUUUGCUUAGGUGUAUGGAAAGAAGCCAUUAGAUCUCUGUGAAGUCAAUGGAUGUAAAUCUGCACUGGCAUUGAUGGGCAGCCUGGCACUGGACAAGACUUGGUUUGAAGGAGAUGAAAUAACUUCACUGCAUAAAUGGAUAUGAACAUAUUGCAGUUUCAAUCAUGCCGGAUGUAACUAUUAUAGUGAUCUGGUUUGUAUCCUAUUAGUUGCAAUCUAGACCUAGAAGCUCCAAGCACUAUAGCACAGUCAACUUAGCAUAGCUUCAGCCAGCCUCACAAAGAAACAUAUGGUUUUCCUACAAUAUCAGCUCUUGAAAAGCCAGACAGUUAUUAUGUAUAUACUUUAAUACAAAACCUACCUUUUAAAAAGACAGUAAUAACAUUAAAUGUUCACAUAAAAUAUCUUGUGGUCUUGCUGAGCCUUCUUUUAAGAACGUAAGAAGAGCCCUACUGGAAUCAGCAAUGCUGGAUCAGAUGCAAAGGGGGAAGGGCUGUGAGGAUGAGUGCACUAGCUCCCCCUCCCAUUGUUGUUCUUCUCCCCCUCCAUGGUCUGAAGUGGAGACGGUCUCCUGAACUUGUAGACGCUACAGCACAUUUUGGAACCCCAAGGGCUUCUUAACUCCAUGAAUACAGGGCAGUCACUCUCCCAACUUGGGGAGAGUGCCAAGAAUGACAAUGGGGGAUGGAGCUAGCAAUCAUCCCGGCACACAUCCCUUGCAUAUUUAAUUAGUACACCAUCAAAAUGACUGAAGAGGGCUUUUGUUUGAAAUAAUUUCUUAAGUUGCCCCAAGGUGCAUAUACAGUUUUAGCGCUUAGAUGCCCAAUUGCUUUCUCCCACUACUCAGGAAUUUAUAGAUCUAAGCAGAGCCUUGGCCACAAGGAA